UUUCCCCCCACGGAGCCGUCAUUCAGUGGCUGGAUGGCGUGGGACAGGUGUAACCAGGACUCGGUGUGGAGAGAAUUAGAGUGCGCCGCUUUGGUCGGGGAAGACCAGCCCCUCUGCCCGGACCUCCCCGAACUCGACCUCUCCGAGCUGGACGUCAGCGACCUCGACGCCGACGGCUUCCUGGGCGGCCUCAAGUGGUACAGCGACCAGUCGGAGGUCAUCUCGGCGCAAUAUGGCAGCGAGGCGUCCGAUCUUUUCGAGAAGAUAGAUGAAGAAAAUGAGGCCAACUUGCUGGCAGUGCUUACAGAGACCUUGGAUAGUAUCCCGGUGGAUGAGGACGGUCUGCCUUCGUUUGAGGCUCUGGCAGAUGGGGACGUGACCAAUGCCAGUGACCGGAGCUGUCCGUCCUCCCCCGACGGCUCGCCUCCCACCCCGGAGCCCGAGGAGCCUUCCCUGCUGAAGAAGCUCCUUCUGGCGCCCGCAAACUCCCAGCUCAGCUAUAAUCAAUACACAGGUGGCAAGGCACAGAACCAUGCAGCCGGCAGCAACCACCGCAUCCGACCACCACCUGCCGUCGUCAAGACGGAGAGCCCCUGGAAUGGCAAAGCGAGAGGGGUCUCCGGCCAGCAGAACCGCCCUCUGAGGCGGCCUUGCACAGAGCUGCUGAAGUACUUAACAGCCACCGAUGACAUCCUGCUCCACACCAAAGCCACCGACGUCAAAGGCAGCUGGAGCGGCGCCCCCGGCAGGGACAAGAGCACCCUGGGCCUCGGCGCCUCCUCCUCCUCCUCCUCUUCCUCCUCGCCGUCCUCGUCAUCCACGUCCUCCUUCUCCUCCCUGUCCUCCACUUGUUCUUCGUCCACCACCGCUUCCAAGAAGAAGUCUGGCGCGGCGCCGCCGCCACAGCAGCAUCACCAGCGAGGUGAGAGCCGGGCUGGAGGCGAAUGUAGUGGGGCUGGGAAGUGGCAGCAUUGCGCUAAGGAUGACGGGGUUGAGGAGUCGGAGGGGGCCCCUAUCUCUGUCGGCCACAGAACCUACAGCUGCGGCCACGCUCGCCCUAAAGCCAGCGAAGGAGGAAGGCCGCCAGGUGAUGUGGGCCACCAGGCCGCCGCUAGGUUCAUUAGGUAUAUGCAUUCUUAUUCCCUCCCUCCCCGAGAGGUGAGUCACAGCUGUGAGCAUUGCCGAGAGGCUGUAGGCGCCACUCGAAAUAAGAGUAGCGGGGCCAACCGCACCCUACGUAGGCACGUCACAGUGACUAUUAAGAAAAGGGACGCAAAGCCGGGGCACCCCUUGCUUAGCCAGCUGCUCACCGCCAAACAGAGACCUGCUCGCUACCGAGACCACCUCCUCAUCCCCUUCCCCGGCACUCACGGCAAAUUAGCGGGGAAGAGCUCGGAGAGUGUCAGACCUGAGGAGGAAGAGUGCACCAAAGGUAGUAAGCGGAGUCGAUCGACAAACCCUGACAUGCUAGACAUGGGCUUUGGACUAGAGCUGGGGCGGUCAAGCCAGGGAGGCUAUGGGGAGGAUGUUGACCAUGAUAACGAUAACAAUCCUGCUGCUGUUGAUGGUGUCUUUGAUGAUGACCAUGUCACGGGCAGCUCCGCCGCGGCGCCCUCACAGGGUCCGCCGAGCCCACUCUUCCCAGAUACUAGCAUUGCCGAGCUCGCCCCUGCCUGCUUCAUACACGGGCACGGGCAUCCCCACGGGCGGUCACUCAGCGAGCACCCAGACGACCACCUGUUGUUAGCCAAACCAACCACCUUGCCACUUCCUUUGACCCCAGAGUCUCCAAAUGACCACAAGGGAUCACCGUUUGAGAGCAAAACCAUUGAAUGCACAUUAAGUGUGGAGAUUGCCGGAACCCCAGGUCUGACACCACCUACCACGCCCCCACACAAAGCCAGUCAAGAGAAUCCUUUCAAAGCAUCGCUCAAAACCAAGUUGUCUUCAUGUUCCUCCUCGGCCUUGGCGUGCAAAAGAGCAAGGCUGGUCGACUCGGGCCCCGGCCCCAACCGGAAGGGUCCGGAACAGACUGAGCUGUACGCCCAGCUGAGCAAAGCGUCCACCGUCCUCCCCUGCUCCGUCGCUCAACCGACGAAAGGAGGCAGUCUUGAGGAGUGUUGCGGCGCUAGCGACCGCAAGCGAGUUCCUCCCCGUGGGUUCAGCGACCAUGACUAUUGCCAGGCGUCGGCGGGCACAAGAAAGAACUGCAAUAUGGCCGUCGGUGCCAUGACUUCAGCGGGGGGAAUGCCAGUCUCCUCGGGUGCCACUGCAGGCUCAGCGGGGGACCAGCAUGUCAGAUUUAAGGACUCACCCAUCCCUCCACCCUCUUCACCUUCAUCAUCAUCUUGUCCUCGAGCUCAGCGGCAGAGUUUUGACUCCGCGAUCGGAGAAGACGCCGGCGUCCGGGGUUUAGGGAAAGGGUCCCUCGGCCAGAACUCUCAGGUCCUUACGCAGCAGGAUAGCUCGUCUCCCCUCGCCCGAAAGCUCCUCUGCGACCAGGAAAUCCGAGCUGAACUCAACAAGCACUUUGGCCACCCCUUAGAAGCUUUGUACAGUCAGAGUGAGUCGGGCAGCAAAGCGGACAAGGUUGGGCCCCCUCCAUCUCUUGAGGAACAAGAGGUUGACUCCCAAAGGUUGCCCGUCUCCAGCUACCUGCAUCCGGGGCUCCUGUCACUCCACGAUGAGCUCGAGUUGGCUGAGAGUCGCGAGAGUCGCUUCCUCUACCCUUGGGAGGGAACCCCUCUGGACCUACUCUUUGACUGCCCCCCGCGCUCCCCCUCCUGUUCCCCGCCAUUGAGCUCCUCCCCUUCGCGAGCCUCCGUCUCGCCGCCGUCUUCCCUCCUUCCGUCGCCGAGCGGGCCUUUCUGCUGGACCGGCGGCCAGUCGCGCUCCCGCUCCCGUUCUCGCUCUGGCUCGCGCGGCUCUUCCUCGGGCUACCGGAGGCGCUCCCUCUCCAGCUCGUCUGAUAGACGCCCCUCUUCCUGGUGUCGCCACAACAAUGAAGUGAGCACUUUCCGUUCCAAGAGUCACAAGAGACCACAGCCUCGGUCCCGAUCUCCUCUCAGUCGCAGGCCAAGGUAUGACAGCUACGAGGAGUAUCAGCACGAGAGGCUGAAGAGGGAGGAGUUCCUUCGGGACAACGAGAAGCGGGAGUCCGAAAGGGCCGAGCAGAGGGACAGACAACGACAAAAGGCAAUUGAGGAGAGACGGGCGGUGUACGUGGGGCGAGUGAGGUCCGACUGCACCCGGACCGAGCUGAAGCGGCGCUUUGGAGUCUUUGGCGAGAUCGAAGAGUGCGCGGUGAACUUGAGGGACGACGGGGACAAUUUUGGCUUCAUCACAUACCGCUACACGUGCGACGCCCUGGCCGCCCUCGACAACGGCCACACCUUGCGGCGGUCCGACGAGCCGCGCUUCGAGCUGUGCUUCGGCGGACAAAAGCAAUUCUGCAAAUCGCAUUACACAGACUUGGACUCUCAUUCGGACGACUUUGACCCCACAUCCACCAAGAGCAAGUACGACUCGUUGGAUUUCGACAGCUUGCUGAGGGAGGCCCAGCGCAGCCUGAGAAGGUAACCCGCUUGUGGCUCCGUGACCACCACCACCCGCCGCCCCCAACCACCACCACCACCACCACCUCCUCCUCCCCGUGAGGGACUUCUUCUGAUACCUCACUCGUCUAUUUUUUUUUUUUUUUUCGGACGACGAGAAACUGAGAAGUUUUACACUCUAUGUGGUAGUGUAUUUGAGAAGAGUCUCCGGACUUCUUAUCUAUCAUAAUAAUAUCAUAAACGAAGUUUACAUGAACAGAACUGCUGAAGCGCUGAGGAAAAAAGUGACUUCUGGGAAAGCCAGUGAACCCCCUCAGAACCCGCUGACCCCCCGGCUUUGACUGCUGUAGAACCAUUUAAGAAGGGGUCGGGUUUUUUUUUGGGGGGGUGACUUUUUUCCCCCCUCCCACAAAGCACUAAAAUACCCACAAUUCUUCUGAAGGGAUGAAAACAUGCAGCUCGUUCCGCCCGAUUUCUUUUUCUGUUGAUGACGAUGAUUAUUAUUUUUUUUGCUGUUUGUUUUUCAUAUCAAUCUCUUCGGAUCUGGUGUUACAUUUCAAAAAAAAAAAAAAAAACGAGCCACGAGGGGAAUCGUAUCUUGUAUUGUCUACGUUUGGGAGCCAGCUGCAGUGGUCGUAUUUCCAAAUAACGCUGACAAAAGGAAUAUUUUUUAUUUUCGUGUACAUAACAUAACACGAGAUAUGAAGUUAUUUGUUACAGCUAUGCACUGUAAAAACGCAGCCUUUUUUUUUUUAACAAAAAAAAAAUGGGGAAAAAAAUAUGGCGGAGGAAACGUUUUCUUAAUUCCGAAUGUCGAUGGAUGUCGAUAGUAAUAAUUAUGAUACUGUAAAACAUAUUGUACGCCUACAUGUUGUUUAGGAGACAUAUAAUGAUUGUAAAAAAAAAAUAAUAAUAAUCAGAAGAGGCCGAUUUCUUAUUUUAUUUUUUUUAAUUAAAUUUUUUUGGAAGCAGCAUGUGAACAAACAUUUUAUUUCUAUUUUUUUUUAUUUAUUCAACCGGGUUUCUGUGUUUUUUUUUUCCUCCAAUGUGAAAUGCUUUUUUUAAAAAAAAAAUUUUCAUGAUUAUGAAAACAAAAGAGCCCUUUUCUUUUUUUUUUUUACAAAAAAUAAUAUUUCCAAAGCAAUCACAAUAUAUUGUGUGUAUAUUGUAUACGAGAUAUGUGUGCAUAUAUACUGAUAUAUGUAUCUGCAAUAUGGUUUGAUUUUUUUUUUUCUUUUUUUUAGUGCUUUGUACGGUUGUCGCCGAUUUCCCGCAUUUUCAAUCAGAAACACAUAUUUAUGUAUUUUCAUAUUUCAAUCAGCAAUAUUUAUAGGCUCCAUUUUGACAUUAUUUAUCUUUGAAUUUCAUUUCACACUCAAUCACGAGACAGGGUGUCCAAUAAUUUCGACGGGAGGGGCGAUGACGACCCCCCCAUGCCUUUUUCUGAAACAAUCAGUCGAUUCAUCUCAUUUGUUCCAUUUUUCAUUUUUUAGAAAAAAAAAAGGUUUUUAACAGCAAUUAGAACAAAGCAAUAAUCUUUCUUUGCAGGAAUUUUUCGCUUUUUUUAAAAACUUUGUUGCGUCUCCGACUCUCACUCGAUUAUGUGAAUGCCAAACAAAAAAAAGUUUACAUUUUUUUUAAACCCCCCCAAAAAAAAAAUCUUUUUGAGGGAAAGGGGGGGGAACGUACUACUGAUAUUAUUCGCAGUAAUAACAAAAUGAGUAAUAAUAAUAUAAAUGAAAAUGUGGAAAAUAUAUUAAAAAAGCAAUAAAUUAUUUUUCAGAAUUGUAUGUUA